AAUAUAUCGCAGUGACUCUGCUGGUGUUCCAUUGAAAAUAAUAACUUAAUCAAAUUAACUUUUAUCGCAGUAAAAUGACUUCUACGGUUAAGGUCAGUCGAAACAAUAAUGGUGUAAGUAAUGGGUGCGCUCAUAAUGGCAGCACUGGUGUUAAGAAUCAUGGUAUUUUAGAACAGAAUGCUGACGCGGAGCAUGGAUUUCGGUAUACAUAUGAUAUGCUUCAAGAAACCGUCCAGUAUUUACAAAAACGAGUUCCUUUUACUCCAAAAGUUGGAAUUAUUUGUGGAUCAGGAUUAGGAUCUUUGGCAGAAUGUUUAGUGGAUCCCAUUGAAAUUCCCUACAGCACAAUUCCACAUUUUCCACAAAGUACUGUCAAAGGCCACGCAGGUUCAUUGGUAUUUGGACAUUUAUCGGGUCAACCUACCAUUUGUAUGAAGGGCCGAUUUCAUUACUAUGAAGGUUACCCAUUAUGGAAAUGUUGUAUGCCAAUUAGGGUCAUGAAACUAUUGGGCGUUUCUCACCUUAUUAUAACAAAUGCUGCAGGAGGCCUAAGCGAUGAGUUUAAAGUUGGUGACAUUAUGUUGAUGAAGGACCAUAUUAAUAUAAUGGGUUUUGCGGGUAAUAAUCCCCUACAAGGACCUAACGAUGAAAGAUUUGGACCCAGAUUUCCGCCUAUGAAUCAAGCCUAUAAUCAAGACGUUGUUAAGUUGGCAAAAAAGGUGGCUGACGAUAUCGGUUUAGGAAAAAAUGUCCACGAAGGGGUUUAUACUUGUCUUGGCGGUCCAAAUUUUGAAACAGUUGCUGAAUUAAAGAUGUUAAAAAUGUUGGGUGCGGAUGCUGUUGGCAUGUCAACCGUACAUGAAGUUGUUACUGCGAAUCAUUGUGAUAUGAUAGUAUUUGCCUUUAGCCUAAUUACCAACAAAUGUGUGAUAAGUUAUGAAACAAAUCAAAAACCAAACCAUGAAGAGGUUAUCGACGUUGGGAAACAAAGAGAAGGACUUCUACAAACAUUUGUAUCUGAGAUGAUAAAACAAAUGUUUCAAAAUACCGAAUGACCAUGAAUAUGAUAUUAAAAUAUAUAGGUUUAAACAUAACUUAUUAUAAUAUUACAGAUGUAUAAUUUUAUUUUAUAUUAGUAUAUUAUAAAGCCACAUUCGAACAAUAAAAUAUUAAUUUUU